CAAAUUCCUUCCCAGUUUUGACUGUCGUUGCUCCUGCUGCUUCCGUGCGCUCCCUGAAUCCCAGUCUCCUCCCCCGUCGCGUCCCGGAUCGGAGCUCCCCUCCGGCACGGGCGUCUCCACUCCCCUCGGAUCGGCCAGCCCCGUCGCCGCAAGAUAAGCAAGCUAUGAGGUGCCUGCCUUUCUUGCAUGGAGACGUCAGUGAGAAGGAUCCUGUCACUAAGUCGGCCUCUGUACGGUCCAUGAGCACAACAUCGCGCUCCCGCUCCGGUUCAGACUUCACCUCCUUGAAUGUUUCCGACAUGAGCGCCGAGUCAAUAAGGAGGACACAGUACCCCAGCUUCACUGACUGCCCGUCUAACCUGAGGGUGUUCUCCUUUGCUGAAUUGAAGAGUGCCACACGCAACUUCAGCCGAUCUCUCAUGCUUGGCGAGGGUGGCUUUGGCUGUGUGUUCAGCGGCAUCAUCAAGACCUCUGACAAACCUAAUGAACGAAUUGAGAUUGCUGUUAAGCAAUUGAACCGUAAAGGACUUCAGGGGCAGAAGGAGUGGUUGACAGAGAUGAAUGUGCUUGGAAUUGUGGACCAUCCAAACCUAGUUAAACUAAUAGGCUACUGUGCUGAAGAUGAUGAGAGGGGAGUACAACGCCUUCUAGUGUAUGAAUAUAUGCCUAAUGGAAGUGUGGAUGAUCACUUAUCAAGUAGGUCAACUACUCUGUCAUGGCCAAUGAGACUAAAAGUAGCUCUUGAUUCUGCUCGGGGACUGAAGUAUCUGCAUGAAGAAAUGGAAUUCCAGGUUAUUUUCCGAGACCUAAAAACAUCCAACAUUCUGCUGGAUGAAAACUGGAAUGCUAAGUUGUCAGACUUUGGUUUGGCUAGGCAUGGGCCAACAGAAGGUCUCACCCAUGUCUCCACCGCGGUAUGCACAAUUACAAGCCGACUGUUAGUUUAUUACAUUAGUGUGUUUAGAUUGAAUAGUGUUUUGUAUCCUUUUGGAAAGUAGAUACUAGUAUCCUGACAGUAUUCAAGUGAUGAAAGGCAUAUUACUUGAACAAAAAGAGAAUUAUGGUGAAGAAAAAAUAGACAAUUAGUGAGCUCUUUUAGCUGUACUUCUAUAACAUUAUUGACUUUUUAUGCCAUUGAAUUUGGAUACUGAGUUGCUAGGCCUCCAGAAACAGAAUUAUUUUUGUUUACUACUUGCACAAGUAACCUCUUAAUGCAUAUGUUUAGUUUCAGUACCAGACAUGAAGAACAGAGUCAAAAAUUGAGAAUGGGAAUUGAAGUAAUGGAGAGGUUUGACUACUUGAAAACAUUGCAAGUGAUAUUCAUUUCCUGACCAGCUUCAGAAUGUAGCAUGCCACUGUAUUCUAGCCAAAAUAUUCGAGGAAAAAAAAACCCAGAAGUCACCUCUUUUCCUGAUCGCAGGUGACAGGAGGGGUUGCCCCCUACUGAUUGUAUGUUUAAAAGGAGUUGUGUGCAGCCAAAAAGGAAAAUAAAAGCCCAAGAUUACACAAAAACCUUUAUCCAUCAUUUUGUAGCAGGAAAGUUGGAUUUCAUUGCUCAAUGGGUGAUCAGAGCAAUAGUAUUUCUAGGAAGCUCUCUGCAUCGUCAAACUUUCAAAGACAUGGCACACCUCUUAAUAACAAAUAGAGAAGGACACUAUUAAGUACUUUUUUUUUGCUAAGUUACCAGCUGCCAUAUGAAUUUGCCACAGACAGUUUUACAUCUAUGUCCUCUCCAUGCCAUCUCACUAGUUCGUUCCUAGAGCAGUCUGAAGUUACCAUUCCAUGUAACUACGACCCUCUUUUUGUUAUGUUUCAUUUUGAACAGGUGGUUGGAACUCUAGGCUACACAGCUCCAGAAUACAUGCAGACUGGACACCUCACGGCGAAGAGCGACAUAUGGAGCUACGGAGUCGUCCUGUACGAGCUCAUCACAGGCCGCCGCCCCAUCGACCAGAACCGUCCAAAGAGCGAGCAGAAGCUUCUGGACUGGGUGAAGCCAUACAUCUCGGACGUGAAGCGGUUCCCCGUGAUCAUCGACCCGCGGCUGGAGGGGCACUACAACCUCAAGUCCGCGACGAAGCUGGCGAGCGUCGCGAACCGGUGCAUGGUCCGGCUGCCCAAGUCCCGCCCCAAGAUGAGCGAGGUGUACGGCAUGGUCCAGAGGAUCGUGGACGGCGUCGGGACCGGCCCGCCGCAGCCCCCGCUGCUGCACUACCACCAUGGCUCGGCCUCCGAGCCGGGUGCCAAGCGCGCCGAGAAAGGGUCGCUGAGGAGGAGGUUCCGGGAAUUCAGGUCCGGCUGCCGGCACGUUGUCCUGCGGCGGGGCAGGAAGCCUGAGGUCGUGAAGGACCUCUGAGGGAGGGAGGCGGUGGUGGAUCCGGUGCUGCAAGUAUAUGGUAGUAGUAGGUGUUCAUAGAGACGGUGGUAUCAGUUCCACCGUGUAGUGCUUGGGUUGGUAUAGGGUGAGUUCAUGCAUGCAUACCAGUCUUGAAGAAGAAAGAAAGAAAGAAAAAAAGAAAGAAAGACAAGGUGCACCGUUGAGCGGUGGCGUUCGUGUAGAGUAGUGCUAGCUGUGGUUUUGACCUCCUGUGUGGUUUACACAAUGUGUGAGCUGCGAUAAGGUGAUCUACAGCAUAGGGACCCCUUUGUGUUUACAGUGCAACUUCUGCUGGCUCUUUCGUCUUGUUGAGAAUCCUUUCAGUAGAGUUAGAAAUUAUAGGAGUGGUCUUCGGGAAAGCCUGCUU